AUGACUGUGGAUGGUACUAACAGCAACGAACAAGUUAUUCUUGUAACAGGUGGUUAUGAUCAUACUAUCAAAAUAUGGCAACCACACACAGGGGUUUGUCAACGUACUGCAGAACAUACAGAUUCGCAAGUCAAUGCCUUAGACAUAACUCCAGACAAAUAUUUAAUAGCUGCUGCCGGAUAUCAACAUAUAAGGAUGUAUGACUUAGUUUCAAACAAUCCAAAUCCAAUCAUUAAUUAUGAAGGAGUAUCAAAGAAUAUUACAGGCUUGGGAUUUCAGGAGGAGGGUAAAUGGAUGUAUACUGGAGGAGAAGACUGUUCAGCAAGAAUCUGGGAUCUCAGGCAAAUACAAAUAGGAUUUAGAUACCAUGUUAAUUGUUUACUACAAAAAUAUAAGAAUAAUAAAUAA